AUGGGUCGUGGGGAAGAUGUACCAACUCAACCUCCAGUACUGACGCUCAAUCGACUCCAGUGGUCGCCCGGGGAGGUGCUGGAGGCCAACUGCACCUCUCCCCUCGCCAGACCUCCCUCCCAACUAGACUGGUACAUCAACGGUGACAAGAUCUCAGCCCAGCACACCCGAAUAGUGAUGCCAGAGGCCAGGUUGCGGAGCUCUGGGCUGGGGCUCGGGCACAGCGUGCUGGACGGGCUGAGGGGAGGGCUCACCCAGACCUCACAACUCACCCUGGUGCUCAGGUCCACCCACUUCAGCCCUGGGGGUCAGGCCACCCUCACUUGCGUCGCCACCGUGCCGGAUGUGUACCACAAGACGACGGAGGAGUACCUCGCUCUGCCAGGCUUCAAGACGGCAGCUCCUUCCCAGAAGCUGUAUGGGUCGGCCCGGCGACAUGGAGGAAGGGCAUCGCAGCUGAUGGCUGCUGCCUUCUCUUUAUCACUGCUGCUUCUCUUGUAGGUCACCUGGCACAGGGUUGGGCGGGUCUCUUCUGUCGUGUAACAGCAGCAGCAGCAGCAGCAGCAGCUUUAGUAGAGGAAGCUAGAUGUGGAGCAAACGUACCAGCUGCAGCAGGAACAGCUGUACAUGCAUAGACGGCUGGGGCCAGAAACAGCUGCAGCAGCUGCUGACACGAGAUCAAUGUUCCGUCUCUAGGAACCGUGUAAUUAAUGGAACUGUGUGUGUAAAUACUAAUAUAUAAUGAAUGAACGUGUAUAGGAAACCAGUGGUCACAUCUCCGCAAAAAAAAACAUCAACUCUGCAACGUAUUUGUCGCUAACAAACACACCCAGGAUUUAUUUUGUUCAAGUUUUUGGUGGAAUGAACAUCCGGAUGUUAUUGAUAAUGGUAAUUACAAGUUGAUGUACAUAAACACUGAGUAAUCUUUCAUGUCUUGUUCGAGUGUAAGAAAAAAACAAAG